AUGUUUGGCUCUAUUGUUCAGAACCUCCACUCCCACGUCACUGUCGCCGCUGCCACUCUGGUUCAGUAUUCCAGGAACAUCUCUAUGGCCGGAUGGUGGACGUGUUGUUCUUGCAGCAAUAUGAACAAUCCCGAUUUCAGCCCGCGGGAUUUUCGUGGAACGCUUCCUGCAUCCCUACCUAAACAACAGCCCGAUGAACACCUCCUUGCAGCAGAGCUGUACAACAGAUUGUUCAUCUCUUCAAACCCGAAGCAGAAUAUGUGGAAGAAAUCAUUGCAUCAUUCUUUGUGUCACCAUCUGGCCCAUAUCCGAUUUGCUCGUGGUUUUCAGAACAUCCUUUUUCUAAAUCUAAGACGGAACUUGCAUCGGACGAUCGUGCUUGACAAAGAGCCCGCGCGCUCAAGGAUUCCAGCGAACGCAGUUAUCGAGGAUGAUCUGUUCAGAUAUACUUCGGGCCGAUGGCUGGUCGAUGAGAAACACCAACUUCCGCAACGUUUUGUGAAAUUUAAUGUGGAAAACCUCUGUUACCAAGCUUCCUCACUAUUUGACAAUGGCCGUGAGGUUAUCGCAAAGAUUCCUUGUCCGAACGUGGGGACUCCCUCGCUGACAACCGCGUCCGAGGUGGCCACAUUGAACUUUUUGCGAUCAUGUUCUUCAAUCAGGGUUCCAGAGGAGUUUCACUCGCUGAAAGAGGGGGGAACAAUGAAUACUUUGGAGCACUACAAAGUAAUUGACCAAAUAGUGGAAGUCGAGAAGGAACUCGAGAGUCUGCAAUUCCCAGCCUAUGGAAGUCUCUUUCUACGGGAAUGCGUGUGCCUCAAGGAUACCGUCAUUAUGCACUACCCCCAGGUUUGGAUCCUGCCGGAUUGUUCUGCGUCGGGCCAUCUCAUCAUCGAUCCAUGUGGCAUAAAAGCUUUACAGAUAAGUCUAAACCAGUACAACAUGUCGGCCCAUCGAGAAUUGAGGCUUCUCGUGGAUCAGAAAACUGAAGUGCAGCAUCAUCUCGGUUGUUUCGGUGAGGGGCAAUCCACCAGUGAAUACAUGCAAUAUCAGGACAUGCUUUAUUUGCAGGAUAUCGUGAAGACCCAGCUCUGCGCUGAUGACUCUGGCUGGGUCCCAGUGGAACGAUGGGAGAUAACAAAUGAAAUAAACAAAGAUCUCUUUGACAUGUAUAUCCAAACUAGGAGUGAAGAGCUAUCACCGGAUGCAGCUGCAAAGAUGUCGAGUUUAGCAAAACCACUAUCCUAG